UCGUUGCAAUCUUUACUGGGGAGUAAGCCUCGGUGAAUACAAUGGUACUUACUUCCGAGUUAGAUCCCAAGAUCGGGCUGCUCUGAGCACUGGCAUUUUGUUUUACUGUUGCCAUGGUAACCUAUUUAUCACCCCAAACCAACGAAUACCUCUGGGCCAGGUUAUUAUCAGCCGAGAAUUCAAGACAUGCCCUUCUCUGACCUCCCUGCGUAAGAAACCAAAAUCUCGGCAUUUGCAGCACCUCCUCUCACCUCGCCUGACCGCCGCCAUACUUUCCUCUUGCCCUCAAUCCCCGCCUAGUCUCUUCCCUCCCCACCGUCAUCCCGACAGUCCUUGCGCGGCGUCACUAGGCUUUCGCGUUGCUGUUCGUUGCUUUCCGCGCGCCUAAGAGCGAGUUCGUUGCUUUCUCCUCGGAGCCAUUCGGGCCGAAUCGGACAGCUCCGAUCGUUUCGGACUGUCAGGGGCGGGAUUCAGAAAUCCUUCGUUCCUGCUCGGCCUUUCCACUCGCCCCCUUAAAUUGGUCUAAUCGGAAAGACUCGGGUCUCUUCGGCUGCUUCUCGGGAGCGGCCCAGACAACGUCGGGCACCUUCGUGUCUUUCCGGGCUGGUUCUGGAUUGCCUCAGUGCGGAGCUAUAUCUCUUCGGAAAAAGUCGGCUAACAUCGGGGCUUGUUCGUGCGAGAGCGAACCGGAUUCGGGGAGUCUCGGCUAGCUUCGACCUCGGCUGCGCUCGGGAGAGGCCUCGGACAGGAUCGGAGGAGGCCCUGGGCAGUUCGUUUCCUCAUUCGGGAUCCCGCAAAGUCGAGCUCGGGUGAGAUCGGAGACUAUCGCCCCUCGGACGCGCUUGGCGAAGCUCGACCCCCCUCCCCCCCCCUCCAAUCGGAUGGAGGAUUCGGACUCGGCUGCGAAGCAACUGGGCUUAGCCGAGGCGGCGGCGGUGGCUGCCGCUGCUGCAGUGGCUGCAGCAGCGGCAGCUGCCGCGGCCGCAGAAGGGUCGGAGCAGCAGCACCAACAGCGUGUGGAGGCGGCCGGCUCGGAGGCGGAGCCACAAGAGGAAGAGGAGGUGACGGCGGUGACCGUAAUGGCGGCAGAUGCCGAGCACAUCGAGAUGGGGGCAGAGUCCCUGCCGAGCGCCGAUGAGGCAGCCGCUGCCGCCUUCGCAGAAGUGACCACAGUAACAGUAGCCAACGUGGGUACCUCUGCAGACAACGUAUUCACCACUUCAGUGGCAAAUGCAGCAUCUAUAUCAGGACAUGUGCUGUCCGGAAGAACAGCUCUUCAAAUUGGGGACAGUUUGAAUGCUGAGAAAGCCACUCUGAUUGUGGUUCACACAGAUGGCAGCAUUGUAGAGACUGCAGGGCUCAAGGGGCCAUCUGCUCCACUCACACCAGGGCCUCAGUCUCCUCCUACUCCCUUAACACCCGGCCAAGAAAAAGGUGGAACAAAAUAUAACUGGGACCCUUCAGUGUAUGACAAUGAACUCCCUGUACGAUGUCGAAAUAUCAGUGGUAUCCUGUACAAAAACCGGCUUGGCUCAGGUGGUCGAGGACGUUGCAUUAAGCAAGGGGAGAGCUGGUACAGCCCCACAGAGUUUGAAGCCAUGGCAGGAAGAGCCAGCAGCAAGGACUGGAAAAGAAGCAUCCGUUAUGCAGGGAGGCCAUUACAGUGCCUUAUUCAUGAUGGGAUAUUAAAUCCUCAUGCUGCCUCAUGUACUUGUGCUGCUUGUUGUGACGAUAUGAGCUUGAGUGGCCCAGUAAGACUCUUUGUGCCAUAUAAAAGACGGAAAAAAGAGAAUGAAUUACCUGCAACUCCAGCAAAGAAAGAUUCUCCCAAAAAUAUUACCCUGCUUCCUGCAACUGCUGCUACUACCUUUACCGUGACUCCUUCAGGGCAGAUUACUACCUCAGGCACUCUGACAUUUGACCGUACUUCGACUGUUGAGGCCACAGCCAUUAUCUCAGAAAGCCCAUCCCAGGGUGAUGUUUUUACCGGAGCCACUGUAGUACAAGACACAAAUGUUCAGCAGCCAUGCCGGGUCAGUCAUCCGGAACCUCAUUACCCAACUUAUCAGGACAGUUGUCAGAUCUCCACUUUCCCAGAAGCAGCAUUGCCAACUUCGCAUCCUAAAAUUGUAUUGACAUCACUUCCGGCUUUGGCUGUACCACCCAGUACCCCCACCAAAACACUGUCUUCUUCCGUGGUGAAUGGACUAGAAAUGACAGAGCAACGAAGCUGGGUGUACCUUGAAGAGAUGGUCAAUUCACUACUCAGCACAGCUCAGCAGCUGAAGAAUCUCAUUGAACAAGCUAAGCAGGCUAGCUCCUCAUACAGAGAAGCCGUUGUCACUCAAGCAAAAAUUCAAGCAGAUGUGGAAAGGAAAGAGCAGUAUCAGAACCAGUUAUUUCAACCAACAGAAGAUGUAGAUGGAAAAACAGAAAUCAUCAUUAAGCAAUCCUGUGUAAAUUGUGGUCGUGACGCUAUGAAUGAAUGCACUGGCUGUCACAAAGUCAAUUACUGCUCAACUUUUUGUCAGCGGAAGGAUUGGAAAGAUCACCAGCAUAUGUGUGGCCAAUCUGCUACAGUUACUGUUCAAACAGAAGAGGUUCAUGUUACGGACACUGUGAUAGAGAAAGUUGCUGUUUGAAAGGCCCUUCCUCUCAGAAUUGUGCAUUGUGUGUGUUUGUCUGUGUGUGUGUGCGUUAACAGACUGGCUGGACCAGUUAUCUUACUGUGAAUUCUUUCAUUUCAAAGGACCAAGAAGACCACAUUUGUGCAAUCAUUUCCAUGUUGCCAGCCAGCAUAAAUUCUUCUUUGACCCUCCAGAAAUUGAAAAUCCAUUGAAAUGUAACUGUUAAGUGAUUCCCCUUAUGUUAAGGGAACUCUGAACCAACUUCACAGGGCUGUCUACAAACCCUUCACAAAGCUGACUGAUGGUUUAAAUAUCUGAAUCCUGUAGCUCUGCUGAAUGCUGGUUCUUUUUUGAAGUGACUUUUAAAGGUUCUUAACAGUGGAUGUUCAGAAAUGCUUUCUUUAGAGAUUCCUCCAAAGCAGCUGCAUCAAUCUUGCUCUUCCAUGCUGAGCUACCUCUCAUUUUAAAAAUAAACACAUAAUAUCCCAGUC